ACAGAGGGAGUCAGGGUGGCUCGACCUCCGUAGCCAUGUGACACCUCCCCGCAGGAACGGUUUUGAGGCCGAGGCACGCGCGGGUGCCGACUUGGUGUCCGAUGUCCCGAGUGCCGGCGAGCCGGGCGGAAGUCCCUCUCCCGCCGUCGCGGGGCCCUCCCGUCAGCUGAGGGAGCCGGGGCGCCCGAGCCUCAGCGGCGGUGCGGGGCGAGCCGCUGUGUGGCCGCUGGAGGCCAGGGCGCAGGCAUGGGCUCUGUGACCUUUGAAGAUGUGGCUGUAAACUUCACUGUGGAGGAGUGGGCUUUACUAGAUCCUUCCCAAAAGAAGCUGCACAGAGAUGUGAUGGAGGAAACCUUCAGGAACCUGGCUGCCAUAGGAAAAACACAAGAAGACCAGCACAUAGACAAUGACCACAGAUAUUCCAGAAGAAAUCAAAGAAAUGAAGUUGAAGAAAGACUGUUGGAACAUAACAAAGAUAGUGAAUGUGAAGAAAUCUUCAGACAGAUUCCCAACACCAUUGUGAACAGGAAAUUUUCUCAUAGAACAAUGAUUUGUGAAAGUCAUGUAUAUGAAGACAACAUGCUCAUUGGUCAUUCAUCUCUUAAUAUGUCUAUGCCUCUUCAGACUACACACAAACCUCAUCAAUAUGAGCUAUGUGGAGAGAGACUCUUUAAGAUUGGGGAAUGUGAGAAAGCCUUCAUUUAUCCAGAAGGCUUUCUGAAGCGUGAAGACACUGACACUGAACAGAGCUCCUAUGAAUUUAACCAGUGUGAGAAAAUCUUCAAAAGUAAUGGUUGCAUUCAAAUACGUGUGAAUAAUGAAAAUAGAGAAGAAAUGUGUAUGGAUAAGCAGCAUUAUAAUGCCUUUACUUAUUCUGAUUUUCUUCAGUAUGUUGAAAAGAUCCACACUGGAAAGAAACCCUAUGUAUGUAAACAAUGUGGGAAAACCUUUUCUUUUUUGAGUAACAUUAGAAGACAUGAACGAACUCACACUGGAGAGAAGCCAUACAAAUGUAAUAUAUGUGAUAAAACCUUCACUUGUUUAACUAACUUUCAAGAACAUGAAAGAACUCACACUGGAGAGAAACCCUAUUUAUGUACACAAUGUGGGAAAUCCUUUUCUUUUCUGAGUAACAUUCGAAGACAUGAACGUACUCAUACUGGAGAGAAACCAUACAGAUGCAAUCUAUGUGGUAAGGCUUUCAGUUACUUGACUAACUUUCAAGACCAUGAAAGAACUCACACUGGAGAAAAACCUUAUGUGUGUACACAAUGUGGGAAGGCUUUCACUUACUACUAUUCUUUUCAGACACAUAAACGAUGUCACACUGGAGAGAAACCCUAUGUCUGUAAGCAGUGUGGGAAAGCCUUCAGUUAUUACAAUUCUAUUCAGACACAUAAACGAUGUCACACUGGAGAAAAGCCCUAUGUAUGCAAGCUGUGUGAUAAAGCCUUCACUACUCUCAGUUCCCUUCGAUAUCACGAGAGGAUUCACAGUGGUGAGAAGCCCCAUGUAUGUUUGCAAUGUGGAAAAGGUUUCAAUUCUUCGAGUACCCUUCGAAUACAUGAAAGGACUCACACUGGAGAGAAACCCUAUAAAUGUAAGCAGUGUGGGAAAGUCUUUAGUGUUGACAGUUCCCUUCGAUACCAUGAAAGGAUUCAUAGUGGGGAGAAACCCUAUGUAUGUAAGCAGUGUGGAAAAGCCUUCACUCGGCACACCUCCCUUCGAUGCCAUGAAAGGAUUCACUGUGGGGAAAAACCCUAUGUAUGUAAGCAGUGUGGGAAAGGUUUUAUUUCUUCCAGUAACUUCCGAAAACAUGAAUCAACUCAUUCUGGGGAGAAACUCUGUGUAUGUAAACAAUGUGGUAAAGCCUUUACCGAUCAUAGUUCACUUCGAAGACAUGAAAGAAUUCACAGUGGGGAAAAACCCUAUGUAUGUAAGCAUUGUGGAAAAGGUUUCUCUUCUUUGAGUGGUUGUCAAAGACAUGAACAAAUUCACACUGGUGAGAAACCCUAUGUCUGUAAGAAUUGUGGAAAAGCCUUCACAAAUCCCAGUGCCCUUCGAAAUCAUGAAAGGAUUCACAGUGGUGAAAAGCCCUAUGUAUGUGAGCAGUGUGGGAAGGGUUUUAUUUCUUUUAGUAAGUUUAGAAUACAUGAACGAAUUCAUACUGGAGAGAAACCAUAUAAGUGUAAGCAAUGUGUGAAAGCCUUUACUGGUCAUAGUUCCCUUCGACGUCAUGAAAGGAUUCAUAGUGGAGAGAAACCUUUUGUGUGUAAACAGUGUGGGAAAUCCUUUUAUACUUUAAGUGAUUGUCAGAGACAUGAACAAAUUCACACUGGCAAGAAACCUUACAUUUGCAAGCAAUGUGGGAAAGCCUUUACUCGUUCCAGCUCCCUUAAAAUACACGAGAAGACUCACACUAGAAGGAAUUCCUAAGUGUAGAACAUGGGAAAUUAUUCUUAACAUGGCAAUGCAUAGAGCAGAGAACAAGUGUCAUGUUGUCAGAAGGAAUGCCUUUAGUCAUGUUGGCUGUAUUCACAGACAUGCUAGUACAUACUAUAGUGAGAAAUCUUAAAUGGAUGUGCAGAUGUCUUCAGUUGGUGGACCUCUGAAAAUUUACCCAGUAUCCAAACUUGUAUAACAAAGUUAUCAACUAUGAAACAGUUUUCAGGAUUUUGUGAAAAUUCCUUAUGUAAUAGAAUUCAUAAUUUUUUAAAAAUUCUUGUGAAUAAGUUUGAGAAAGAAUAUUGCAUUAAUUGGUUAAUAAUUGAGAAAAUAAGUCUCUGGAAUGUUUACUUCUAUUUCUUACUCUGUAAAUAAUUUUUCAGAUGACUUCAUCUCUAAGGUCUCUUUAAGCAGUGAGUCAUGAAUUUAAAAGGUAGAUCUCUUUUUACCCAAGUCAUGGAAAUUUUCACAUUGGAUCCAUAUGUAACACGAUGUGUUUCUAAUAUUGUUUAGAGUAAUAUUAAUGAACUGUUGAAGUUUAUUUGUAGAACUUCUUUCUCUAUUGAGAUCAUGUAGCAGGUUCUUUGAUGUUUUUUGUCUUGUUUUAUUUUGUUGGGGUUUUAGGAUUUUUUGUUUUUAUUUUUUGGAACAAGGUUUCUCUGUGUAGCCCUAGCUGCCCUAGAACUCACCCUUUAGACCAGGCUGACAUCUAACUCAGAGAGAUCUACCUGCCUCUGCCUCCGCAAUGCUGGUAUUAAAGGCAUGCACCACCAUGCCUGGCUCUUUGAUAUUUAUACUGUAUCUUUUCUAUUCUUUUCCUUAUUUUGGCUCACAGUCCAUUAUGGCAGAGAAGUCAUUAAGUGGAAGAGUGUCUAUCAUUGUGCAUACAGAAGUAAAUAGUGUGGAUUAUAAGGGAUCAGUUGAAGAUAUAAGAAGGACACACAUUCUCAGUGACCUGCUUCUGCCAGUUAUGCCACACCUCUUCCAUUUCCCCACUCCCAGUUGCUCUGGUAAUCUAGUCGUUUCUGGAAAUGACAGAGCAUAAUUGCGCUAUUUUACUGUAGCAUCUCAAUGCAGUCCAGUUGUUUACUUCUCAGGUAAUUUUACAUUUUGUGUUUUAUAUUUUCAUAUGUGUUUUCUUGAAAACUUUGCACAUUAGAGUUCUCAACUAUUUUUUUGGUCAAUUUACAGAUUAUCAAAUCAAAAGAUACCUGCAAAUAUCCUAUCAUAAUCAUAUAUUAGGUAGGAUAUAUGCCAGUAUUUUCCCUUACUGUCAAAUUAUUAUCCUGUGCUUACAAGUAAUGGCACCUUUAUCCAUAUGUUAAUUUUAUUUCAGACUUGUGUUGUAACUUUUACUUUGUCUUUUGUACUUUACUCAUACCAAAAGACACAUGCUGGAUUAAGUGCCUUUUUACCAGAGACUACAGGGUCCUUACCUUUUGUGAACUAAUAUGUAAUUUGUCCAUAAACCAUAAGUGAUCAUGUGUUUUCUCAUUAAAAUCACUUUUCUUUUUAACUGUUUGUUUUUCGAGACAGUACCUUACUCUGAACCCAGGUUGACCUGUAAUUCACUAUUUUAAGGAUAAUACACCUGAGUCAUGCAAUGCUUAAAAGUUAGUCUUAAAUUUCUGAAGGAUUUGUUUGUUUUAGAGGACUCUCUUGAUACUAAACAUAAAAUUUCCCCCCAUACUGCAUUUCUACUAGACAUGUAUACACAUGCCUGGCUGCACUGUAGGUGUGAAUACGGUUAUGUCUUUGGUAGUUAGUAUUUCUUACCAGGAAGGAGGCAGUGAUGGAAUAAAAGGAAACCUAAGCCAUUAGGACUCAGUACAGUUAAUAAGGGUAGGUGCGGUUCCUUUAUGUGUUUUAAAAAUACAGUUUCUCCAAGUUUAAAGACUUGUGCAGGAUUUUUUGUUGUUUUGUUCAUUUGAAUCACUUAGGGACAUCUACGUCUGGAUCUGUGUGACAUCUAUAAGAUUUGGCCUUGCUGUGAGUGUGAAACCAACUUCAAUCUCCUAGACCCCUGCUUUGUGGGGUUUUCUUUUGUUUUAACUUACUGUUUAUUGUUUAGGCAUAGUAUUUUGUAGAAAACAUUGUUCUUCAGUAAAUACAAUUGUUCUACUUUGGUGGUAUGUUUCCAAAAAUCCAAGCUUAAAUAAGUGUAUUAUAGGUUGAAAAUGCAUUUGAUACAUGUUACUAAACUUCAAAGCUGAGUCUAGCGUCCGUAUGUUCAGAACAUUUUUAUUAGUCUAUAGUUGAACAAAAUCACCUAAAACAAUAGUUUUAUAAUAUAUCGAAUAUAUCAUAGUUCACCAAAUUCUGUAGACUGUA